UCCAUUUUGGAUUUCUCAUUCCUCUCUCUCUCUCUCUGUCUCUCUCUGUCUCUCUCUUUCUCUCAUUGCCUUUCUCUCUUCCCUGUCCUCUCAUUUUCUCUCCCAUUCUCAGAGUAGGAAGUUCCUGCGAUAUAUAAUAAUGGCGUCGCAGGAUAAGGGUCGGCCUCUGCCUAAAUUUGGUGAGUGGGAUGUGAACAAUCCGGCAUCGGCAGAGGGAUUUACUGUCAUAUUUAGCAAAGCUAGAGAUGAGAAGAAAUCUAAUGGGACUGCUGCGAGUGGAGCGAUACAAAGGAAUGAUCAUAUUCCAUCUAAACCAGAAGAAAAUAACUACCAAAAUCCCAUGACGAAAAAAUGGUUUUGCUGUUUCUGAAACUCAGACUAGCUUCGCAGCUGUGAGAUGGCGCGCGAUAUAUGACCUUGGCCAAGGUGGUGUUGACAGUGGGGAAUAAAAUGGCGGUCUAUUUCAUCUUUUACAUGAUAUUUUGUUAAAAAAAACUCUGGUGUUCCAAAUCUCUGUGUAUGUAAUAUAGGAGGAAAGACAGAAAGACGAAAAAUACAAGUUAAAAUUGCACUAUUCUGAAGUUCAUGUGUUUAUUUAGAAUCUCCUUGAUUCUUCAUUACAUAAUUAUGAUGUUUCAGAAAGUGACAAUUCACCCAAUAUGCAGAUUUGCAAUAAUAAUA